CAACGAUUUACAAUUUCGGGUUUGUACUGUACAUCCUGGAUGGCGGUCAUACAAGGUCACUGAAUAAUAUUAACGUCAUGGAAAAGUAUUCUCUCGAUCAAUAUUUCAAGGAAACUGCACCAGAGGACUAUCGAUUUCUUGAUUAUUACCAAUAUCGUAAAAGCAAAGAAGAUUUUACAAGCAGACCGCUGGUAGACAGUAUGGAGGGCCCUGUUAAGUCCCGAGAAGGGGAAACAACUUCCACGACUACGAGGUGGGGCCCUCCGGUAGUCCCGAGAAGGGGUAACACUCACACAACUAUGGUGGGCGCAUGCGUCCCGCUCACCUUAUGGCGUUCACUAGAUCCCGUUGUGAAACAUCGAAGCAAGUUUGUAGAUGUCAAUCAAUUUUGGAACGAAAAAUAG